CGUGUUCCUUUUAACUUUUUUCGUUGUCGAUUCGUAACGCCAAAACAAUUCGAAUGACAGAACAAAACGCGCAUUCUCGUUUCGCCGGCUGUUUUCGCAUUUGCAGACAAAUUUUGUGAAUUUUACGAUAGUUUUGUGAUUAUUCCGUGCAAAACCCAAAAUUCUGUGCAAGUGAAAUCACUUCCCCGCACGGCGACGCAAUCAUGGUCCCGGAAAGCACCAAGGUCAACAGCACCUUCAUCUCGGAGAAGGUUUCCCGCAUCCGGUGGAUUCCGGAACAGUACGACGAAUCUAGCUCGUUCCUGACCGGCAGCUGGGAUCUGGACGUGAACAACUUGAAGGUGUGGAAAUUGCUCCGCAAUGAUUAUGCCGACGACGAGAACGAAUUCGUGCCGAAGUGCACGGCCGAGGUUUGCUUCACCGGGGACAUCAGCGGGAUGGAAUUUGUCGACGAGCGCACCGUAAUUCUGUCCAGCACCGAAGGCUUCGCCAGUUUGAUCAGCCUGGACCGGGAGAAGGACGAGGACAAUCUGCAGGAGCGGCACCGAUUCGACAGUCUGCACAAAUUCGAUACGUUUAGCAGUUUGAAUGCGGCGCCUUGUACCGGAUUAUCGGUCCACGAUACGGACGUGGCCACGGUCGGAGAGGACGGCCGCCUAAAUGUGGUGUCCACCGUGGGACUCAAAGUGCUUCGGAGCAUUGCCAGCGCCGACAGUUGUACCAUCAGCUGCGUGGCCUUUCUGAACCCGAAGGAAGUACUCACCGGAAAUCGGUUGGGGAUAAUCAAGUGCUUCGACAUCAGAGCCGAGGGCCAGAAAGCGGUCGGAAGCUUUGCGGUGUCCUGUGAGGACGAGAAACGAUCCAACUGUGUGACCUGCAUCACCUACCAUCCGACGCAAAGGCAUAUCAUUCUGGCCGGCAGCGAGGAGGGAUCGAUAACCGUGUGGGACCUCCGGCAGCCGCAGUUUCCGGCGUCCUACCUGAAAGCGCACGACCACGCCAUCAGUGAGCUGGCGUUCCACCGGACGCAACCUUCGCGACUUUUCUCCGCCUCCGAGGGUGGCGAACUGUGGCAGUGGAAUCAGAACACCCUUCCAACGGGACCUUCCGCCACAACCGGUGCGCUGCUGGGAACGACACCGGUCGAAACCGAUACCAACAAUCCGUGGCUGAAUGGGGAAAGGGCCAAGAGCAAGAUUAGCGUAACGUCGCUACUGAGUGGCAUCCGGAAGGCGGUCAAUUCGUUCGAUUCGUGCCGCUCGAAGGUCAUUUGCGGGGGAGACAAUGAGGCGAUCUAUUUGUUGGAAAAUGUGAAUUGAUUUCGUUGUGUCGAAUCGAUGGAUUAAAAUACAACAUACUUUGAAUUAGGCAUAAUAAUUUUAAUUGAAAUUAAAAAAGUGAUUACAUUAUUGAAA